AUGAGCGAACUCGACCAGCUGCGACAAGAGGCCGAGCAGCUCAAGAGCCAGAUCAGGGAGGCUCGAAAGGCUGCAAAUGACACCACGCUUGCCAGCGUGGCUUCUAAUCUGGAGCCUAUUGGACGAAUUCAAAUGAGAACGCGACGAACUUUGCGAGGACAUUUAGCCAAGAUUUAUGCUAUGCAUUGGGCAUCUGAUAGUCGUAAUCUAGUAUCCGCUUCACAAGAUGGAAAAUUAAUCGUCUGGGAUUCUUAUACUACUAAUAAGGUACAUGCCAUUCCUCUGCGAUCAUCUUGGGUCAUGACAUGUGCUUAUGCACCUUCUGGUAGUUUUGUUGCCUGCGGAGGUCUCGAUAACAUUUGUUCUAUAUAUUCUCUGAAGACAAGGGAAGGAAAUGUCAGAGUUUCCCGAGAACUUCCUGGUCAUACUGGUUAUCUCUCUUGCUGCCGAUUCUUGGAUGAUAACCAAAUUGUUACAUCUUCUGGUGAUAUGACCUGUGCUCUUUGGGACAUCGAAACGGGUCAACAGUGCACAGCUUUCACUGGACAUACUGGAGACGUUAUGUCGCUUAGUCUUAGUCCUGAUAUGCGAACAUUUAUCUCUGGAGCUUGUGAUGCCAGUGCUAAGCUUUGGGAUGUAAGAGAUGGACAGUGCAAGCAGACCUUCCCCGGACACGAAUCCGAUAUUAACGCGGUCGCUUUCUUCCCAUCUGGACAUGCGUUCGCCACCGGAUCCGACGAUGCCACCUGUCGGCUAUUUGAUAUUCGUGCUGAUCAGGAGCUUGCUAUGUAUUCUCAUGAUAACAUCAUCUGCGGAAUUACCAGUGUCGCCUUCUCCAAGUCUGGACGUCUCCUCUUCGCCGGUUACGAUGACUUCAAUUGUAACGUUUGGGAUUCAAUGAGACAAGAGCGAGCAGGAGUCUUGGCUGGCCACGACAACCGCGUAUCCUGUCUUGGAGUUACUGAAGAUGGAAUGGCAGUUUGCACGGGAUCAUGGGAUAGUUUCUUGAAAAUCUGGAACUAA